AUGAUGGAUGGAGUGGAGCCUUCCAGAAAUGUGUUCCUAUAUGACCCAAGGGGCUACAUCGUCUCCGGCUUUUGGCAGUACGGCAUUGUUGAGUGGAAAACGUUCUACAAUUGGUUGCAUACCAUCGUUGUCUCUAUUGAGGCUUGGGCGAUAUUUGCGCGGGACGACUCGGCAGCUUCACCAGGGCCGCAAGGGGGGCCUAUAGCUGCAGACGAUACUAUUGUUGCCCCGGGGACAUACGUUCUGCUUUCUUCAGACGCCAAUCCUGUUGAGGUCGGUUUGACUGUACAAACGCCUCGUCUGCGACAUCCUACCAUUCCCAACACUGCUGCUAUAACGGAACAUUAUCGCCGACGUGUUCGAGAACGCGACCCUUGUUGUUUAAUUUCCAGGCUGCGUGUUUCCGCAGGAGACUACAGUCGGCAUAAAGAAGCUCACAUAUUUCCGUGCGCCCAUAUCGAUGAUUGGAUCAAACAGGGCUUCCCUGGUUACAUUACAGACCCUGCUCCUCCCUCGCAAGUCGGCGGACCAACGAAGAUCGAUUCGAUCCAGAAUAUAAUUCUUCUGCGCGGCGAUUUACACGACGCUUGGGACAAUUACAUGUUUGGUGUGAACCCCGAUGCUGGUUACAUCGUCAUUCCUUUCGUUUCUGGCUAUGACGAUAUUGCCGGAAAGGUUCUCAAGCUUGAUCACAUCGUCGAUCCGGACCUGCGACCGUUGGAUGAAUUAUUUCGCGACCAUUUUCUACAAGGUAUUCUGAAACACAUGAAGGGGGCCGGUGAACCUACUUGGGACUAUGAAGAUGCACUAGGUGGUGGUGUCAUGGAUCUUUCAAGGCAGGACAUUUGGGGCGGAGAGCAGGGUAAAGCACGUCUCGAGUUUGAAUUCAGCCAUAGGUUACACUCUCUUCUAGUUAAGCAAGAGGCUGGGAUCACUGAGGGCCAGGCAGUUUAA